UCCUUAGUACUGUUCAAUCGUGAUGGCCGUUCUAAUCGUACUGCUCGUCGGUGUUCUAACCCUCGCCGCUUGGUUUGUGCAUCAGCACUUCAACUAUUGGAAAAGACGCGGAAUUCCCCACGAUGCACCCGAAAUUCCAUUCGGAAAUACUAGAAAGUUGAUGAAAACUAUGCAACUAUCGGAUAUUUUCAAGCGAACCUACUUCAAGUAUAAGAACAAGACCGAUGGACCGUUUGUGGGAUUCUAUAUGUAUUUCAAAAAGAUCGCAGUUGUCACCGAUAUUGAUUUCGCCAAGACUGUGUUGAUUCGCGAGUUUGACAAGUUCCAUGAUCGCGGUACAUUCCACAACGAACGAGAUGACCCGCUGAGCGCUCACCUGGUGAACAUCGAGGGUCAGAAGUGGAAAACCCUGCGCCAGAAACUGACCCCCACAUUUACCUCUGGCAAAAUGAAGACCAUGUUCCCCAACAUUUUGAACGUGGGUGAUGAAAUGAUUCGGGUGUUCGAUAAGAAGGUUUCCGAAAGUAAGGACUCCUUGGAGAUCACAGACAUACUGGCCCGUUUCACCGCCGAUGUCAUCGGAAGUUGUGCCUUCGGCUUGGAUUGCCACAGUUUGUCGGAUCCCAAGGCUGAGUUUGUUCAAAUGGGAACUGCUGCCAUUACCGAACGACGUUACGGAAAGUCCUUGGAUUUGUUUCUGUUUGGUGCCCCGAAAUUGGCUGCCAAGUUGCGUAUGAAGGCUAAUGUCCAAAAGGUCGAAGACUUUUACAUGAAUAUCGUUAAGAAUACCGUGAAUUACCGCGUAAAGAACCAAGUGAAACGAAACGAUUUUAUGGAUAUGCUAAUUGAUAUGAAAUUAAAAUACGAUAAUGGCGACAAGCAAAAUGGUUUAACAUUUAAUGAAAUCGCCGCCCAGGCUUUUAUAUUCUUCCUGGCUGGAUUUGAAACUAGCUCUACAACCAUGGGAUUCGCUCUUUAUGAGUUGGCGUCCAAUCAGGAUAUUCAGGACAAACUAAGGACGGAAGUGGAUAGCGUUCUGGAGAAACAUAAUGGAAAACUAGACUACGACUCCAUGCGAGAGAUGAUAUAUUUGGAAAAGGUCAUUGAUGAGACCAUGAGAAAACGUCCCGUAGUGGGUCACUUAGUUCGCAUUGCAACUAAACGUUAUGAGCAUAGCAAUCCCAAGUAUUACAUUGAAGAAGGCACUGGAGUAAUUGUGCCCACCUGGGCCAUCCACCAUGAUUCCGAGUUCUACCCCGAACCAGAGAAGUUCAUCCCAGAGCGGUUCGAUGAGGAUCAGGUUAAACAGCGUCCCGCUUGCACAUUUUUACCAUUUGGAGAGGGUCCCCGAAACUGCAUUGGUCUCCGCUUUGGACGGAUGCAGGUCGUCGUGGGAAUGGCGCUGCUCAUCCACAACUUCAAGUUCGAAAUGCACCCCAACAAAACUGUUGUACCUCUAGAAUAUAGGGCCGACGAUAUUCUACUGAGUUCAAAGGGCGGAAUACAUCUGAAAGUCAGCAAGCUAGGGAAGUAAUUAAGAUAAUUAAAAUUGAAUUCACUUUUUAAUGAUGCUAUAAGCUUGUUAUUAUGUGAAACUAGUGAUUAGUAGGAAUUCCUACAACCAUUUUCCGCAACUAGGUAACCUCGAUUGAGAGUUAGUAAGUAAUAGUAGUAAAUAUAAUAAAGCUUCCUUGACAGCAAUUACAGAUUUGUAUUAACAUUAAAGAGGGGUUAGUAGACUGCUAAUAAUGUUAAUACAUGAUGUAGUACAAAUCUGUAAUCGCUGUCAAGGAAACCUACAUACAGUUUGACAAUAA